CAACCGCCAACAACCAACAACCAACAACCAACAACCAACAACACCAGCAUACCAACCAUGUCCAUCCCAAAGAACUCCUGUCUGAUUUUCGGUGGCACAGGAGCCGUCGGCAAGUGCCUCGUCCGUGACGCCCUCGCCUCCAAUGCCUUCACCCGCGUCCUCACCCUCGGCCGCAGACCCGUCACCACCGACGACAGCUUCACCAACACCUCAGUCCUCGACCAAAAGACCGUUGACUUUGAGAACAUCGCCUCCACAUUCCCCACGGACGACUUGCCCCAGGUGGUCUAUUGCUCACUCGCCACCACCCGAGCACUCGCAGGAUCCGCUGCGGCAUUCAAGAAGAUCGACCAACAAUACGUCCUUGACUCGGCUCGGUACAUUCACGAGAAGGCACCCAAGGACCCCGAGACCGGAAAGUCAAAGGUUCAUUUCCUUUACUGCUCCUCCGCCAAUGCCAAUGCGAACUCGUUCUUUUUAUACACAAAGACCAAGGGCGAGACCGAGAAGGCACUGGCCGAGAUUGGAUUCGAGAGAGUGAGCAUCUUCCAUCCGGCGUACUUGAAAGUAGUCGAGCCUCGUGAGUCAGGAUCGCGAUAUGCAGAGUGGGUACUCGACAGGGCUGUGCCAUUGCUCGAGUUCGUGUCGGAAAAGUUGACGACGGUCAGCGUGGCGACCGUGGCCCAGAGCAUGCGACUGGUCGGCACAUCAGACAGUGUAGAGGUCGAGGGGAUCAAACCGCAGAAGAUCGAGGUGAACCCGGUUUCCAAGUCGAUGGUUACGAUCUACAACAACGCCAACAUCCACGACAUUGUGAAUAACUAUGCCGCGGCGUCCAAGUUGUAAUACGCUGAGGGCGUAGCUGGGCUCCAUCGGAGGGCUAUCCAGUUGAUGCAAUAAUGUACAUAUCGUAGUCGUGCCCGCGUUUAUCGAAUAAAAAAUAUGCCGCCUGUAGCGGCUAGCUGUUAUAUGCCUAGGACGGGGCACUUUGUACCUCCAACGGGGAGCGAGUGGGCCC